AUGGCGUCUUUUGCCAAUCCCACACAGAUCUUUGCCGACGAUGUCACUGAGGAGAAGGGUGAAAAUGCCCGUCUCUCGGCCUUUGUCGGUGCUAUCGCUGUCGGUGAUCUUGUGAAGAGCACUUUGGGUCCCAAGGGAAUGGACAAGAUUCUGCAGUCCGCGUCUACCGGCGAAAUCCUCGUAACGAACGACGGUGCUACUAUUCUGAAGUCGAUUGCUUUGGACAAUGCUGCGGCAAAGGUGCUGGUCAAUAUCUCCAAGGUUCAGGACGACGAGGUCGGCGAUGGUACUACCUCUGUUACCGUUCUGGCUGCUGAGCUCCUCCGCGAGGCUGAGAAGCUGGUGGCCUCAAAGAUUCACCCACAGACCAUCAUCGAUGGUUACCGGAUAGCCAGCCGUGCCGCUCUCUCCGCUCUCGAGAAGACCGCCGUCGAUCGCAGCAAGGACCCGGAGGCCUUCCGCAAGGAUUUGCACGCCAUUGCUCGUACGACUCUCAGUUCCAAGGUCCUGGCGCAAGACCGGGACCACUUCGCUCGUCUCGCCUGUGAGGCUGUUCUGCGCUUGAAGGGUUCUACCGAUCUCAGUCACAUCCAGAUUAUCAAGAAGGCCGGUGGCAAGCUGAACGACUCAUACCUGGACGAGGGAUUCAUUCUCGAUAAGAAGAUUGGUGUCAACCAGCCCAAGCGCCUGGAGAAUGCCAAGAUUCUCGUUGCCAAUACCGCGAUGGACACAGACAAGGUCAAGAUCUUCGGUGCUCGGGUCAAGGUCGAGUCCACGGGCAAGUUGGCCGAUCUGGAGAAGGCGGAGCGGGAGAAGAUGCGCGCCAAGGUCGAGCGUAUCAAGUCUCACGGCAUCAACUGCUUUGUGAACCGACAGUUGAUUUACAACUGGCCGGAGCAGCUCUUCACCGAGGCCGGCAUCAUGUCCAUUGAACACGCCGACUUUGACGGUAUUGAGCGCCUCGCUCUCGUCACUGGUGGCGAGAUCGCCUCGACCUUUGACCACCCCGACCAGGUUCAGCUGGGUUCUUGUGAUUUGAUUGAGGAGGUGAUCAUUGGCGAAGAUACACUGAUCAAAUUCUCCGGCGUUGCGGCUGGCCAAGCCUGUACCAUUGUGCUGCGUGGUGCUACCGAACAACUUCUCGACGAAGCUGAGCGGUCACUGCAUGACGCCCUCGCGGUUCUCUCGCAGACCGUCAAGGACCCCCGCGUCACUCUUGGUGGAGGUUGUGCGGAAAUGGUAAUGUCCAAGGCGGUGGAGCAGGCCGCUCAGAACACCACCGGUAAGAAGCAACUGGCCGUCGACUCUUUCGCACACGCUCUCAAGCAGCUGCCCACAAUUCUGGCCGACAAUGCGGGUCUAGACUCCAGUGACUUGGUCACUCGUCUUCGUCAGGCUAUCAACAACGGCAUGACUAGCUCAGGUUUGGAUCUGUUGACGCCCGGUGGGGGUAUUGCCGACAUGCGUGAGCUUGGUGUUGUUGAGGCAUAUAAGUUGAAGAAGGCUGUGGUUUCAUCGGCUUCCGAGGCCGCCGAGCUCCUUCUGCGGGUGGACAACAUUAUUCGUGCCGCUCCCCGCCGCCGGGACCGGAUGUAA